ACACACUUUUUUUGUGCAGCUAUCUAUUAGGAGUUCUAGACUACAAUCUACUGGGAUUUUUUUAAAAAGGAUGUAUAUUCACUAAUGUUUCGUAAUGAUUGCAAAUGCUGAAACUGGACACCUGAAGUGGAUACUUUUAUGACUCUUUGCUCAUUCUCCUCCCUUCACGUUCUCUGCCCACAACAAAACGUCGCCAAAUUCCUUUAGUUUUUGGCUCUCUGCGUUGAGACAUUUUUAAGGAACAACAAGUUGUAUUGACUAAACAGGUGAAAAUCAAUAGAUAUAACCCUCUAAAGAACGAAGUGUAAGGAGGGGAAAAUAUGAAGACAAUUCAUCUCGAUGGAUGAAAAAUUGUGAAAAGGAUAACGAAGACGAGGAGUGUGCGUAACGGGACAGCACUGAGGAAAACAAGAUUUAAAGUCAAAGAAAACUAUGGAAAUUUAUUAUUUUUGACUUGUUGAACAGCAAGGCAUAAUUUACAAACACAUUCCACCAAAAAGUAAGUACCUUGAGAAUGAAUGGAGAAAAAGAAAAAGAGCGGGAGAGAGGAGAUGAAAAAGAAAGUGAUGAGACAGAGGAGGAUGCAGAGGGGGCAGCCUUAUUAUGGCAAGAGGGAUACCCUGAUGAUGACCUGGGCUUACCCAUCAUGCACUGGGAGGAUCUGAGUCUCCGUAUUGCCGAACUUGAGAAGCAACAAGAGGAGCGAAGACAGAGGGAAAAGGACUUAGACAGGUUGACAGUAGACUGGCCAGAAAUCAGAGGGCUGAGCAGUCACAGAGGAACCUAUGAGGACAUGGAGGACGAUUGCAACAGUCGUCUGACUGCUCUGACAACAAGGCUUCAGAGCCAGAUGAAUCUACAGCUUUGCUUCAUCAACAACAGUGAAAGUGAAGAGGAAGAAGAGGAAAUGGAGGCAAAGAACGAGGUGGCAAAACAGUCCAGUAAGAGUGGCAGCAAUCAGAGGUUAGAGAAAGAACAUGGUUCAAGCUCUGCAUCGACUAAGAAAACCAAAUCAAGAGGGUUCAAGAAUGAUGUCAGAGCUGCACUGAGUGUACUCAGACAUAAAUUGAGAUUGGAGCACAAACAGACUAUACCUCCCAGUGAGGCUGUCAGAGAAAGGAAGCACUAUGAACAAAAUGACUUGAAGAAUUUCAGCUUGAAGAAGUUGAAAGCGCUGAGGACCUCACUAAGCAAAGACAUUCAUGGUAAGCCUAAAGACCUCAGUUCAGAGCUGGUGGGUCGACUUCUCACAAGGGACCAGCUGAGAACAGAGCAAGACGCCAUGCUGCUGGAGGUACAAGAUGUGACAUCACUCUGAUGAGUCAAAAAAAAAGUAUUUCCACUAAGGAACAAAAUGAAGGGACCCUUCCUUUACAAGACUGUCCGUGAGCUGCCUGAACUAAUUGACUUUACUGUGAAAAGCUACAGCACUCCUUCAUCACUUGAAAAAGACUUUU